AUGAACGCCUUUGUAACGGAAGCGUUUACGUUGCUUGCAAUUGGAGUCACCACAAUUGGGAUCAGAACUUAUGCCAGAUGGCAGACUGUGGGUUUCAAAGGCUUCAAACCAGAUGACUAUCUGAUGCUACUUGCAGCAGUCGUCUACUCCUUUGAGACUGCUGCAGCUUACAUUGUUGGUGCAUGGUGGCAUGGUCUCGCCAAUAAUGGAAUGAGUGACGAGCAGAGACUCAAUAUCGUCGUCGGCUCUGAGGAAUGGAACAUGAGAAUUGGUGGUUCGAAGACGCAGUUGGUAGGGUGGUCACUUUACACCUUGUUGCUUUGGCUACUAAAACUUUGCAUGUGCAUUUUCUACGCAAGACUCACAGAGGGUGUCGACGAUAUGAGAGGAAGAGUCCUCAUUGGAUAUGGAGCACUAGCUGUGACAUAUCUUGCCACAGAGUUAUCGAUUCUUCUCGGUUGCCAGCCAUUUCACCACAACUGGCAGAUCAGACCAGACCCAGGCAAUCUCUGCCAACCAGCCAUCUCCAAAAUCGACCUCUACGUCACAGUCAUCCUCAACGUCCUCACCGACAUGUAUCUAAUGUCCAUCCCCAUGCCUAUGCUCUGGCGCGCCAAAAUCCCAACCCCCCGCAAAAUCCUCCUCCUCGGCAUGUUCGGCGGCGGCGUCUUCAUCAUGGCAGCCGGCAUUCUCCGCUGCAUCCUCAUCCUACGCGAUCCCAUCGGCGGCGCCCAACAAGCCGGGUCCUGGGCCGUUCGCGAAACCUUCGUCGCCGUCAUCAUCGGCAACAUCCCCAUGAUCUACCCUUUCUUCCGGCGCACGACCCGGAAACUCCUCGAUUCAUCGUUCUUUGACAGUAUUAACCUGUCGAGAAAUACCAAGUCGCAGGCGGAUCAGAACGGGGAUUUCCAUGGUGGUAGUUGGCAGGAGGGGAGUAAUGGGAAGAAGAGGUUUGGGGGUGGGAGGACGCUGUAUCCGCUUUCGACGAUUGGGGAUGGGAGUGAGGAGAGGAUUGUGGGGGAUAAGGAGAUGGGUUUGGGGAAGGUCGCGAGGAAGGUUAGUGAUGGGGAACUGAGUGGACGGGGGAUUACGGUUGUUACCGAGACUAUUGUGCAUGAGAGGGAGAGGAUGGAUGGGGAGAGUGGGUUGCAGAAGAGUCAUUGGCCUAUUGUUUGA